CUCCGAUCCUCUGCGUCUACCCGCUAGCUGCAAAAGUAAUUCCUUCAAAAACGGACUCAGUUUAACAUUUCGAAUGAAAUUGUGUAGCCUCCUAUGUCAGUCUCUCCUGCACCAUUAAAGAAGGACAUCAUGAUUUCAUUGAAUGACAAACAAACCAACAAGAUCAACAACCCUGCUAGCUUAUCUUACCCCUGUGGCAUGUCUAUGGAAAAAACGGAAGAAGGGACUGGUCAAAGCUCAUUAGAAAAUACAAACAAAGAUUUACCUACAUCACCUUCCACGGAUGGGACCAUUUUUCUUUGCAAGAUCUGUAACAUCUACUCAAUCAAUCUCCCAGACCUCAAGAAACAUUAUUUUGAUGUGCAUAACCUCCCUCAAGAUUCUAUUGACAAUGUUAUCGUUCCUCUUAAACCUUUGAGCGGGACCACAUCGCUGACCACUAGUAAUGCUUCACCUACAGCAACUAUAAAAAGGAAACGAGGGCGACCGAGAAAAAAUAAUAAACCCAAGGACUCAUCUCCAUUUAUAAAAACUGGGCAAGUAGCAUUUAUUGGGUCAGAGAAGCUCACUGUUGUAUCUGCUUCAACGCUUCAUGGAGACAAUGAGGCAGUAGAUGGAGGCAAGCCACCCAAGCGUAGACCCGGUCGACCACGGAAGACUGAGGCAGACCGAGAGAAAGCCAGACAGAGUUUGACUGACAAGAAGCGGACUGAAGAAGAGGGGCAAGUUUGUCAAAUGGAUGAACAAAAAAUGGAAUGCGGAAAUUGCGGGAAGACAUUUGCGAGGCUUCGGCAGCUCGCAAGCCAUCGAUGCCAGUUUGCUAGGGAUGAGGAAUCGGAGGAAUCGGAGGAUUCAUCACAAAGUGAAAACGAUACUGAGGAUGUUACGCUUAAUUUAAUCCAGCUGAGUGCCACUGAAGCAGGCAUUACCUCUAUCAAUGAGGGCUCUGAUACAAAUACUGAUAGGCUUAAAAUCCCAGUACAUGAGGUCCAACAGACCCUCAAUGACAAAGCACCCACUUAUCCAGCGUCCUAUCAUCCAGCAAGCCUGAAAUUUUAUGCCUGCCCUGUCUGCAAAAAGGUCUUCAAGACUAAGCAGAUACUCAUGCUGCACAUGGCGAGCCACACUACAGACAUGGCAGACAAGCCCUACAAGUGUUCCAAUUGCAACUAUAGCACUUCACUGAAGGCAAAUUUGAAGGCCCAUGCUAAAAAACACACCAACGAUAGACUCCAUUGCUCUCGUUGCAGCUUCAGCUGCAUCAGCAAAGGGAUCCUCUCAUCACACAUGAAGAAACACAACAUAAAAGCCACUCUGUCUUUCUGUGAUUUGUGCAACUGCCGGAUGUACUCCAGUGGUCAUCUCCUUCGUCACCUGGAAAGGGAGCAUGAUAUCAAAUCAGAUAAAAGAGCCACAGAUUAUUAUAAGCAACAGAAGCUGUUGAGUAGAGCUGGUCAGCACAACUUGAUCUUUCAGUGCCACAUUUGUCACCGUAAAUUCAAGUACAAACGAGGCUAUCAUGAACACAUGAUUUUGCAUAAGCGCAACAAACCGUUCAAGUGUACUGUCUGUCCAUAUGCAUCGGUGCGCAAUGGUGACUUGGCGAAACAUGUGCGGAAACAUUGGUUUAUCUUCAUCUGUCACUUGUGCCGAUCUAAGUUUUUGAGCCUCGAAUUGCUGAAUGUUCACUUGGCAUCACAUGAACAAUCUGAAGGCACGAGUGAUAAAGCCCUGAAAGCCAUGCUGGAACAAAGUAUUAACAUCAGCUUGUACCAGAGUUCUUCAAUCGGCAUAAUUGAAAUAGAUAAUAAGAAAGAUUCAUGUCAAUCAUUAACGACAGACAUUGUUAAAAAUGAAGGCACUUCAUGGGAUGUUGAGAGUAGCUGCGGUAAUAUUCCUUCGAUCUGCCCCAAUGACAAAACUAAUGGUUCUGAUGUUAUGAGUCAACUCAAUUCUCAAGAUAUUGAUACUCAUGAGCUCAUGGAGUUAGGAGAAGUCUUCAGGGAGCUUUCUUUCAAGAGGUUGAACUACAACUUGCUGUACCAGAUCCGCAACCUUUACGGGGAGAACGAGUGCCCAGUUUGCGGAAAGUUGUUCAGGUUUCGUCCUCAUCUUGACGUCCACAAGAGGAUUCACAAGACAGAGAAGGAAUUCAAAUGUGAAGAAUGUCACUAUUCCUCCCACUCCAAGCAGAGCUUGGAGAGGCACUUCAGUAAUGUGCACUGUGGAAACAGACACAAAUGUCCCUGUUGCAGUUUCGAAACGCCAAGUGAUCUUUACUUGCAGAGACACCUGAAAAAGCACCACAGUCCCAAUACACUAAAGUGCACCAAAUGUGACAUGACCACUGAGAGUGAAGAUGUUAUGAAAGCCCACAUCACCUCAAACCAUCCUGAUUUAUCGAUGCUGGAACUGAAGGAAAUCAUGGGAAGAAACAUCCACCUACGUGGUAAGAAUGGCCAGUUAACAAACCUCACCUGCCACUUCUGCGACCAGGUCUUCCGCAGAGUUUGUGACCUCCGAAACCACAUCUGGAUCCACAAGGGUAUCUACCCCUACAAUUGUAAACUCUGCAAGUUCAAAUGUCGGAGCAAGUCCAAUUUGGACUCCCACAUGUUCAAGCAUUCUGACGCUAAAAACCACCUUUGUGACGAGUGCGGAAAAUCAUUCAAAAUGAAGAGUACUCUCAGGACGCAUCGCAUUGCGCAGCACUCGGCGGACAAGCAGCACAGUUGUACACACUGCGAGUUCAAGACGACCAAGCAGUCACUUCUUAAACACCAUAUGGAUGUUCAACAUCAACAGGAGCAAGUGAAGACCUUCCGUUGUUUCCAUUGUAUGCAGUACACAAACACCAAGGAUGCAAUGCGCAGCCACUGCCAACAGGAGCAUCCAGAGACCAUCUUCGAUGAGACCCUCACUUACGAAGUCCCAGAGGAGCGGAUAACAACCCUCAACAUAAGCAUCAAUCACAAGGACGGGGCACUCCACUACAAAUGCAGUCAAUGCGACGACGUCCUGCUGGCAAACAAUGGUGAGUUGGGCCAGCAUCUACGAGAGACUCAUGGUCUAGCAAUCACAACAGGACUAGACGUUGAUGGAGAAGCAGAAACCGAACAGUUACAUGCUGGAAAUCUGAGUAGUCAACUUGACUUAAGUUCCUUACCUCAAGGUCUACAGGUACAGCUGAUGGAUUCAAUGAGUGACAAAGCAAGCGCAGAGCAGUUUUUCCAGGAGCUCAUCGAUAUACAAGAGAUAGCGGCUGCCGUUGCCCAGGUUGACAGCGAGUCUGGUCCUCAGUCUAGUAAGGAGUCCAUCAUGAAAGGAGAACAACAGGUGGAAACUAAUGUAAGUGUCUCAGAAACGAUCGCAGCUGUCGGUUUUCUCACUGCUUCUGAGAGCCUGAUAGAGGGCGGUAUACAGAGCCAAGGGAACAUGCAGUCAGUAGAUUACAAGCAGUAUAUUACAGAUGACAGAUCUGAGCAAGAUGUGGUCGUUUCUGUACAUGAAGUCAUCCCUGAAGUUUGUGAGGUCGGUCAAGAAGCUCCUGAGGUCAUUCAAGAAGCUCCUGAGGUCAUUCCAGAAGCGUCUGAGGUCAUUUCAGAAGUGUGUGAAGUCAUUCCGGAUGCUUUACUGGAGCAAGAGGUCACUGAUGAUGAUGGGGUCAAAGUUCAGGAAUAGCACAGUCAGCCCAUGCAUGUUAUUUCCUCAGAUCAGUGGUUAUCUUAAAAAUUUGACAAUUGGAAUGAAAGUACUUUUCAGAAAAGCGAUGGGAUAGAAUAUCGCAUUAGAUACCAACACAGGGAGAUUCAGUUCACUAAAGUUUGAUGAUUUCACGACAAAUAACUCUAGAUGUGCCAUUCUGUAAUUACAGUUUCUGACAUCAUUUAUCUUGAGAAUGAUGAAACCCUGACAACAGAAUGUUGUCCUCCUUAGUAACUAAUCGUGGGACAGUGACUUUUGUCAAAUUUGAUUGUUUUGAGAUAGUUAUAGGAACACGUUGCCUUUGAAAGCAUUUGUCAUUGAAUAUAGUUGGAAAGAUGUUUUUAAAGUAGAGUAUGACUAUGCCUCAAAAUUGCUUGGUUUCCCUUUAUACUGCUAGAACUACCGGUAACAUGGUCUGCCAUUUUGUAGACCAAAUUUUUCACUCCACCAAAAAAAGGGAAAAGAAAAACCACCCAGUUUCGAGGCAUAUUUGUGUGGAUCAUAAAACUCCUAAAACAUUUUUCCAACCAUUCAUUUAAUAACAAAUGCUUUUAAUGGCCCAAAGUUCUCAAUCCAAGGCAAUGUGGCCUUUAACUCAGAAUGACAGUAUCUGACUUAUUGCCAUCCCGAGAAAGAUCAUGUGAAGUAUCACGGAUGUAAUCACCCCAAGUAAAGUCCUCUUAAAGCCAUGAACACUAUUGGUAAUUGUCAAAGACCUGUCUUCUCACUUGGUGUAUCUCAACAUAUGAAUAAAAUAACAAACC